AUGAAACGUAUAUCCAAAAAUUUGUCCAAUGGUGAUAUAACCAGCCUGAAAUACAAUGGCGUGGAGUACCAAGGUACUAGUAAAGCCUCAGCGAUCAAUUCCGGCCUCGGCACCUCCACUGUCACUGGCGAGACAGUGAAUGGCUAUGUCAAGAUCACGGUCAAGGCCUCUGGGCUUCCAGUAACACAAUACUAUGUCGCGAAACCGAAGGAGCCAACGAUCUACAUGGCUACGUACAUUACUGGGGAGGUCGACCCUGGAGAGCUACGAUGGUUGGCACGAUUGAAGACCUCAGAGCUUCCCACUGGUGUACAUGGCAAUGUGGGUGACACCCGAGGUUGCACUGCAUUCGAAGGCAAAGACACUUUCAAUUGCCCUGAUGGCACGACGCGAUGCAAGAUGUACACUUCGGACAGAUUCAUUGAUGACAAGAAAACUCAGGUAUGCAUGGUCAUGCCAGGCACUGCGUACGAGACUUCUGCAAGCGGUCCAUUCAUGCGUGACAUCAACAGCCAAACCACGUCCAGCGAUCAAGAGCUUUAUUGGUACAUGAACUCGGGACAUGUCCGCACAGAAAAAUGGCGCUUUGGCCUUCAAGGCCCGUAUGCGAUGACCUUUACCUCGCCCAACACGAAGCCUUCCGAGAACCUUGAUACGAGCUUCUUCGGCACUCUCAGUAUCCAAGGAUAUGUUGCGGCCAGUGGGCGUGGAACGGUAACCGGAGCUGCCACAGGAGUACCAAGUGGAUUCGAGACGGUCGUGCACUGGUUCAAUACCAACGCGCAGUACUGGACCAAAGCGAGUGGUGGGAAAUUCACAUCACCGCUGAUGAAACCUGGAUCUUAUAGUAUGAGGCUGUACAAGGGAGAGUUUGCAGUCGCAAAUGAGACUGUCACUGUCACGGUUGGCCAGACCGCCACCAAGGACAUCGCGUCCAAAGAGACCAGCGUACCUGUUAUAUGGCGGAUUGGCGAAUUCGAUGGCAAGCCAUCCGAGUUAAAGAACGGCGAUAAGAUCGAGAGGAUGCAUCCUUCUGAUACUCGCAUGAGCAGCUGGAGCGGUUCGUUCACCGUCGGCCAAUCUAAAGCGUCCGACUUCCCAAUGGCAUUGUGGGCAAAGCAAGGAAGUCCUGCAACAGUCACGUUCACCUUGACUCAAGACCAAGUAAAAGGACAUGUACUUCGCAUCGGUACUACGCUUUCGUUCAAAAGCGGUAGGCCAUCUGUCAAAAUCAAUAGCUGGACAGGAGCGGACCCUGGCGCGCCGGUCAGUCUUUAA